GAAAAAAUGAAUAAUUGAAGUCCAAUGUUGACGCCCAUUUCUCCUUCUUUUCUUCACCUCCUUUUCUUGCGGUCAUCUGGCCGCCGUACGGACAGAUCCGCCCCGCCUUCUCUGCCAAAGUCUCCGUUUUUCGUCGCUCUCUCCGCCUCUCUUUCACUCUGUCUUUUCCGUAGCCUCGCAUAUCACUCAUCGCCGUGCGGAUCAUCCUGCCGCAAUACCACUCAGGUACACACAAGUCUGCCUCUCCGGCCUGCAUAUGGCCUAAAAAUAGCAGCCAACACGUAAUUCGUGUAUGCCUUCAAGCAUCCUUUUUUCUUCUCAUUCUCCUUCUCCGUCCAUGAAUUUUGUAUACUUAGAAGCUGUGACCCUAUGGGUUCGUGAAUUUUGAGUUUUUUCUGCUGCAAUUCCUUGAGAAAACCGAUUCAGUGGAGCAAUCUUUGAUACAUUGAGAAAUAAAAUGGUGGGUUGCUUUGAAUUUUGUAAUUUUUUCAGAAAAUGAGUGUAGAGAGAAGUGGGAAAUGAUAAAUGAAAAUGAUGAUAUGGUAUUUAUAAAUUGUAAAUCUGAACGUGUUUUUUUUUUGUAGCAGUUUUGUUAUUGCUUUUCGAUAGUGGGUUGCUGCAGUUUAUUUGCUAAUUGGUGUAGUGGGUUGUUGCUUUAGAACUGUGUUUUCAUAUAGAUAUAGAUAUAGAUAUAGAUUAUGCGUGAGAGAAAACAAUCCAUCACUCUUCUACACUUGCAAAUUGUAGUCGCUCAGACAAAUUCAACAAUCGGAAACGGAAUUUCUCAAAGCAAAAACUAACAAUGGGAAACUGAAAGAAUGAAAACUCCAGCCAUUCUUGAAUUGCUCAAAGAUUUGGAGAAACUUUUUUCUUGGGUAUAGAAAAGCCAUUUUCUCAGAUGUUAAUUCUGGAAGAGAUAUUGAAUAUCUUUAAGGUUGGUUGCUGAGUUAUUGUUGUUAGAUUUGUGAGGCGUAGGGAGCAUUCUUUUGAGUGAGUAUGGCACUUAAACCCUAUGCCAGACAUCAACAUUUAGUUCCCAGUGAUGUUAAAUCCGAGUUAAGACAUGCUAGAGCGAGAGCAGGGAGCAAAUACGAUGGCAUGAAGUUGUUAACACUCAUGGAGCGAAAAGGUAGCAUAGAUGAGGUCUACAAGAACAUGUUAUUAAGCCUUCUAACUAUGUACGACAAGCCUGAUCCAUGCAGGGUGAAAACUGAUACAGAUGAUGUCGUUGAGCUGGUGGAGAGGCCCGUGCCACUUAAGAAUAGGAAAAGAAAAUGCAGUAUCAUAGACCAACAUGAUGGUCGUGGUAGAGCUCGAACUAGUGAGAAUGGCAAGGCACUGCUGCCAUUAGGCAAUGAUCGUUUGCAUCACCUAAACAAUGAAGAAAAUAAGCAGCUGAUACCAUUUCAAACUCGAGCUCAACCAGUCAAGACCUAUAGGGGAAAUAUAGGUGGAAAAUUGAAGGGGGUGGUGAAAGAAGAGUAUGAGGCCAACGAGAAGACAGAGGUGAAAAAAGAAAAUGAGAAGACUUAUCAGGGUCGUGGCUCAAGGAAAAAUUUGGGGACAAGAAAUUAUUUUCUAGAUGUUCGUCAAGUUCGAUUAGGUGAGAAACAUGCGGUACGUGGCCAAACACAAUUGACAAAAGCAGCUCGAGGAGAUAGUAGGCUUUCAACUAUGAAGACUGCUUUUAGCAAUUGUGCUGUCAAGAAGGAGCCCUAUCAUUGUGUGGAAACUCGUCUACCUGUAAAAGGAGUCCAUAGCCGAACUAGAAAUGUCAAGUGUGCUAAAUGCUCGUUCGCAUAUGAUAGCAAAAGAUAUUUGGAAGGACAAGGUAGCAGUAAAACUGUUCCAGAAGUGAUCAUCCUAGAUAGUGAUAAGGUUGUUAAGAAAGAAAUCUCGAACCCUUUUGUUUGUUCAAAGAAAUAUUAUAGCAGCAUGGAUGAUGAAGAGUCCCAGAAAGUUGGUGUUCGAAGUGCAAGUGAUAGUGAAUUUAGGAAGGAGCUCUUAAAGGUUCUCAGAAAACCAUUUGACAAAGAGGAGCUUCAAAAGGCUCGGAUGGCAUUCCGGGCUGGAUCCUACCUCGUUUACCAUCCAGAUGUGCAAAGAAAACUCACAAAAUACCGAUAUAAGCGGGAAAAAUGUUUGAUCAUCCUUCGUGGAUUUCUGUUUUGGCUUCAGAAUUUGAGCCAUGAAGGAGUGUUUAAGCCUUGGAAAGACAAGCAAUGCCUUGAGUUGGAGCUACGGUCUCGCUAAUCAAGAUUAUCCAGUGUGGGCCCUUUUUAAUGUGUAAAUAUAUCUCAAAACUACAUGUGACAAUCUAUGAGAUUGUAAAACCUUGAGGUUGUAAUCUUGGCUCACUUUUCGGCCUCCAUCUUAGUUAUAAACUUGACAUUCUGCAUUCAUGUUGUAUUGGCUUACACUUACUUGGUCUUAUAUAGUCAUGUGUAAUAGCAUAAGUGAUGGAGCAUAUUAUAUAUAAGCUUGUUCUCUUUCAUCCA